AUGGCGUCACCCACACUACUCACAGAGCAAGGCCUGCGUAUAGCAGUGGAAGGCUGCGGUCAUGGAGUGCUGCAUGAGAUCUAUGCCUCGGUCAACAAGGCUUGCGAGCUCAAAGGCUGGCCAGAUGUAGACUUGUUGAUCAUCGGGGGAGAUUUCCAGUCGCUAAUGAUGCAGGCUGUUCGCAAUGCUUCCGAUCUGAAGGCCGUUUCCAUGCCGUCCAAAUACUACGCGAUGCACGAUUUCCACGAGUAUUACUCCGGCGCUCGAGUCGCUCCGUACCUGACGAUGUUCAUUGGAGGCAACCACGAAGCGAGCAACUACAUGUGGGAGCUGUAUUACGGAGGUUGGGCCGCACCAAAAAUCUACUACAUGGGCGCUGCGAACGUAGUUCGACUGGGCCCUCUCCGUAUUUCUGGUCUCUCGGGCAUUUGGAAAGGUUACAACUACAAGAAGCCGCAUCACGAACGUUUGCCAUACAAUAGUGACGAUGUGAGGAGCAUAUACCAUGUACGAGAGCUCGACGUGCGCAAGUUGCUCCAACUCCGCACUCAAGUUGACAUUGGACUGAGCCAUGAUUGGCCGCGGAGCAUGGAGUGGAAAGGUAACCACCAACAGCUCUUUAGGUUCAAGCCCUACUUUGAGCAGGAAGCAAAGGAUGGUACGUUGGGCAGCGUUGCGGCCACAACUGUAUUGGAGCGCUUACGACCUGCUCACUGGUUCAGCGCUCACAUGCAUGCCAAGUUUACUGCUGUAUGGGAGCAUACAGAUACGCAUGCGCUAGAUGCUGCAACGUCUGAAAUUCCCGCGGAAGUGGUCCCUGCAGUCAAUAAUGAGGGUGAGAUCGAACUUGACAUCUCGGACGACGGUCUUGCAGUACAACCCAAGAAUGAGGCAGAGAUAGAUCUUGACUUGGACGAUGACGAGAUGUCGGAAGUUCCAGCCUCCACAUCCAACGAAGGCACAAAAUCCAACGAUAUGCAGAAGACUACCAACGGCGCAGAGGUUUCCGAGGACGUCAGAGAUCUUUUGCCCGAGUCGUUCGCUCGUCCAACAUUCGAACCAAUACCUACAUUGCCCUUUCCUGUUGAAAUUACAAACAAAACAACAAAAUUUCUCGCACUCGACAAAUGCUUACCGCAGAGGCAUUUCCUCCAAUUGCUGGAAGUCACACCUCACGCCCCCGCAGAACUUCAGCGGCCAUUGCAGUUAGCAUACGAUCACGAAUGGCUUGCCAUUACUCGUGUUUUUGCAGACGACCUCCAACUCGGCAAGCCGCAUGCGCAAGUCUCGGCUGACAAAGGCGACGCUGUCUACAGGCCCCAGAUAGAGAAGGAAAUAGCAUGGGUCGAGGAGAACGUUGUCAAGGCCGGUAAGAUGACGAUACCGGAGGAUUUUGCACAGACUGCACCCGUCUAUGAUCCAUCAUUGGGCAUCCAUGUCAACGACUCCCCACAAGAGUACAGCAAUCCACACACGCAAGCAUUUUGCGAUCUGCUGCAGAUCCCUAAUGCGUUCCAUACAACAGACGAAGAGCGGACGUUGAGAAUGCAGAACGGUCCCAAACCUGAACAACAACGGUCUGAUCGGGGCGGAGGGAGGGGUGGCUCCCGGGGAGGAGAUAGAGGUCGUGGCGGCGGACGUGGUCGUGGUCGUGGACGCGGACAUAGCGGUAGUAACAGAGGAGGACGCGGAGGGCGUAGUCGCGGACAUUGGUAA